AUGGAUCUGGUAGCGACAUUUGUGUUGCAAAUUAUACUGUGUUACCAGCAUUUUACAGUUGAAAGUCGAUCAUAUGGCACUUCAGGUACUUUGGUAAACUUCACAGAUCCUAAGGUUCAAGGACAUCUGGAUGCACUGGUCCGCAUGGCCCAAUCUUGCGUAAUCAAAGUAAGGGCCACUCCUAAAGAUGUAAGGGCAUACUUCACCAAUUCUUCACCGGUCUCCAGAUCUGGUCAAUGCUUUGCCGCAUGCAUGCUUGAACAGAGCGACGUUGUCAAUCACGGAAAGAUCAACAGAGAUCUUCUGGUACAUCUUGCAAGCCUCGUGAAUGGAAAGAACUCUCGAGUAGUUCGCAAACUGAACAGCAUCUCCCGCCUGUGCCUGGACAGCAUUGAAGGAAUGUCAGACAGGUGUCAACUUGCUUCCACGUACAACGAUUGCUUGAACGAAAACAUGAUAGAAUUCGCGUUUCCACUGGAUUUAGCAGAGGAAGCCGUGAGGAAAAUGCCGUUCCAUCUUAUACAGGCUAAUUUGCCUCAAGAAAUACGCUCGUUACAAUACUAACGACUCUUCAUUUAAUUUAAG